AUGGCUCCGCCCCCAGAGCUGGCCGACUCCGGCCCCCCAAGCCCGCCCCACCCCGCCCCACCCCCGGCCCCCACCAGACCUCCCCAUCCCCAGCACCGCCCGUCCCCGGCCCACUCCAAACUCACCCCACCCCCAGUAUGGCCUGCCCCACCGGCCUCUGGCCACCCCCUGCCUCCGUGCAGGGUCAUCAGAGGCCCCGCCCCGCCGGCCCCAUCCGCUGCAGCGCCGGGUGCGCCGAGGCCGAUCCCGCCUCUGCCUUACAAGGCUGGUGGUUCAGUGCAGGGAGCGGUGGGACCUGUGGUGCGUGGGAACGCGCAGGAGGCGGGUCAGAAGGCGGCACCCCUCAUCUGGGUCUCCGAGGUCACCCGAGACAGCCAGUUCUCGGGUCUCGGCGCCCAAGCAGGAAGCGCGGACCUGUGCGUCGGCUGCGGGUGGAAGGAGAGAGCGGCCAGGAGCUUGCGGACCAGGGUGGUGCGGACCCGGGCGUCCCCCGACCGCCUGCUGCUUUCCCGGGAGCCCAGAGGGAGCUGGCCGCAGACCCCACGGGGCGGUACCUCGCGGGACGCUGGCAUGUCCGCGGAGCCCCGGAGCCUUGGGGGGCAGUCGGGUGUGGGCACCCCCCGGAGGUCGGUCCGAGGCGGGGGGUGGGGGGUGAGGGCAGGUUGGUGCGCCCUCCGCCCCCGCGUCUUCCAAGGGCUUCCCGGGUGCCGCAGCCUCCUUGGUUUUUCCUUCCCUUCUCUCUCCAGGCACCUGCUGCCUGGUGCCCCCAAGGCGGGCCCUGCAGCGGAGGGACAUUCAGAGCUGGGCAGGUCCCAGCCCCUGCCCACUCUUUCGGCAAGGGAGCUGCUUCGCGGAAGGUCCUGUUCAGUUAUGGCGCCCCCACCACCCCCACCACGCCCAGGCUUACAGCCAGGGCAGGGAGCCCCACAGAGGCAGCAGUGGAGGUUGGAAGCUGAACCAGAGAUGCGGGAACUCAGCAGGCCGCCUGAGCUGAAGCUCCUGAGCGGGAGGUGGGGGCGGGGGGGGGCGAAGGCUGGGGCAGCGUGGCCCCCAAGAGGCCUCCUCUCGCCCCUCUGGCGUCUGCUACUGCGCCUAGAGCUGCCAGAAGGCUGACCCUGACUGUAGCUUUGAGAAGUCCCACAGCCAGAGCACAGCAAGUCCACAGAAGCGCAGGGCGCUCUCCGGGCCACGCUGGGGCAGUGCUUGUAACUCGGUUUCUUUGUAGGCCGGUUGGGGCUGGCCGCACUCUGUCACAUGGAGCCCACCUUGCUUUCUCCUGGAAUUAGUGUUAACCAUAUAAAUGAAGUAAUGAAAUCCCCACUUUGUGUUCCUAUUAUCAUUUUAGUCAAUAGCAGCCUCUUUAGUCCAUUUUUCAAAACGUGUACAAAUGCUCUGUACCUAAAUUAGAUGGCUUUACCAAUAAAUUCACACAGCUAGAGGCAGCCUCCAGCUUAAGAAGCAGAAACAUCCGAGGCCAGGCAGACAGGCGGGGGACUGGGGGAUGCACAUCUCAGCUGCCAAGCCAGCUCCUGCUUCAAGAGGCUGGCCUGGGCCCUGCCCCUGGAAAUGUCCCUGGUUCUACCAUCAGGAGCCAGCCAGCUUUCAAACCCCCAUUUCUGAUUGCAAAUGCAAUUUUGCUUUUAGGUCACAGAUGUGUCACUUUCUAGCAAGCAGCUGGCUCAGCACUUAGGAAAUCACCUAAAAUCGUGGCUGGCACAGGGCAUUGCUAGGUGAGGAAAAUUAGAUCCUGGUUUGGGAAUUAGUGGGCCUUCAGCCAUGGCUGCCUGACCAGUGCAGCCUGUGACUCUGCCCCUGGGCCAGAGACCUACAUGGUACCAGUUUUUAAAUCAGAUACACCACCUGUGAGCAUAUUUCUCCACAAGGCGCUGUCUAUAAAAUGGGUUUUCUCUACUUUUCACUGGGUGCUGGGGCUGCUGUAAUGGUCAUCACAUAGAGAGGCUAGAACAGUACUGUCCAGGGCCAGGUGCCCUCUGGUGGCUCCAGAGAAGGAUCCUUCCCUGUCUCCAGCACUGGUGGCUCCUGACAUCCUGGGCUGGUGGCCGCCUUCUCCAUCUCUGAUCUGUCCUUAUGGGGCCUUCUUUGGGGUGUGUCUCCACCUCUCUUAUAAGGACACUUGUCACUGGAUUUAGGAAUUACCAUCUCAAGAUUCUUAAUUACAUCUACAAAGACCCAGUGGGGGCUGUCACAUGAGCUUUACCAGCUGCAGCCUCAGUUGCCCAGAGUGUCAGGUCCCUGACUGCCCUGCUCAGCCCUGCUCAGGCUCCUUGUCACCAGGCCCACUGCUCAUGCCUGAACCCAUACCACUCCCAGCCUGCUGGCUUCUCUCAGGCCCUGGACGCUAGGGCUGGCCUUGCCCCUCCUGAAAGAUAAAGAGACAGAGACAGAGUGGGGGAGGCAGAGACAGAGAGAAACAAUGAGAGACGGCAAGGGACUGAGGAGGGAGAGAGGUGAGCAGGUGUGGGCAUCCAAUGCAGCAUCACUGACACCACCUGUAUCUUGGGAGUGUUGCCUGCCCUGCCUGCUGAGAUGACUCAUUUUCACAGAAGACAGUCACUGAGCCCGGGUGUCCUCGCCAACCACAUGAACACUGGCAGGAAUUCUCAAGACCUUUGUGAAUGGGUCGGCACCUGUACAAUCAGGUUUAGGAAAAGCCCUGAUGGGGACCAAGCUUCCCAGAGAAGUUGGGUGGGGACUGUCAGCCCAGAGAGGGCAUCCAGGGGCUAUGGGGAGCAGUGGGUGAGGUGAGGUGGGAAGCUCUACCUCCUGGAAGUCUUCCUGGCUGACCAGGCCCUUGGGCCAUCACUCUGGACUUGCAAGAUGUGAGGACACUGACUUGGCAGUGAGGUAGGGCGUGGCAGGGGGUGGAGAAGUCCUGAGCUCUCAGGUGACUUCCCGGGCAGCAACUAAGGGGCUCUGCCCCAGCAAGGAGGCCCAUGUGGCCCUCUCGGACCCUCCUGCUCAGGCUGACCUUGCCCUGGGCAUUCAGUCCCUGCCCCCCCAGGGGGGUUCCUGGGUCUUGGGCUUCAUUCCAGGUGGCCUGGGGCUGCUGGCAGUGGGCAGUGGGUCCCACCUGACUGCAGAGACUCUGGAAGGUCCCUCGGCCUCUCCUGAACAGCAGCAGAAUCCGUGACCCCUCACCCCCAGAGCCACGGCAGGACUAGCCCCUUGGAUUCAGGCAGCAGAGCUGGUACCUCUCAGCUGGAGUGAGACAGGGUCCUCUUGUUAGGGUGAAAGAGAAGCAAGCCUAACUCUAUUUUGAUAUAAUUCCUUUUCCUGAGAAUCAGUGGGAAGGCAAAGCAGGCCUGAUUCCAUUCUGUUGUUUUGCUACAUUUUAUUGCAUUAAAAAAAAAAAAAAAAAAAAACUGGUUCCAACUGCCUCCCCACGCAUUGCAUGGUAUUUUAAGUGAACCUGGUUAGAACUGCUGGAAUUACUAGUAUUGUGUAGAAAGUCUCUACUUUUGUGACAACAGCCCUCGUGAUCAUGUUAAGGUGGUCUUCAUGCCAUCUGUAUAUGAUGGAAAUGUUAAGAGAGCAAAUUUGACCCCACUUUACUGUUUUACUCCUUUUCUGUUAUCUUCCAUUACCUUCGAAACUGGUUCCUCUUAUUUGCCCUCCCAUUGUGUAACUGUGAAUGCAUUUAACUAGGAUUGUUAGUGAUGUAGGUUACUGACUACACUUGCGAUUAUAUCCUUGGUGAUUAUCGCUUUUUGUGAUCAUGCUGUUUACGACCCCCACCCGCAAGUCCCACUCCCUAUACUACCUUAGGAAACUGUAGAUUGUAUUUGUUUUGUAAAAAGAAUUAUUAAGUGCUUUUGUGAUCAUAGCAUUGUAAAGUGACUAAGCUGCCUUAUCCUUGUGAUUUCCCCUAACUGCUGUUUUCUAUGUUUGCUUGCCCUCUGGAAAAAUUUUGCCUUAUAAAAAUCAUAGCCUCAGACAACUCGGCCCUGCACUUAGAAACCCCCUGCUGAGACAAUGAGGCAGUCGCUGGCUGGCUCUUCAA